GUGAGUUUUCCAAAAACAGCAUGGACAGAAGAGACGGGUAUUUACAAUAUAGACCAAAUAUGUGCCAUAGAAUGUCUCUCUGGGUUAAGAUAAGAUUUAAUAGUUUGUUCUAGCUGUUACUCUUCUGGAUAGAAACGUGCGACGCCGGAAGUCUGAGCAUGAGUGAGCAGAGGCUGCUGUUUAUAGAUAUUGAACCCAAACCAAACAGCUCUGCUCCUGCUGAAAGCAGACCUGAGAAGCCCCUUUGGACUCGCACAGACAACACCUUCAGAUUUAACUUCCUAUCAGAGGGUCCUUUUGACCCUCAGGGGGAAACAUCAACAUCGUCCAGUUCUGAUCCAGCAGCAAGCCAGUUAUCUUUCACAGGACGGGGCUCUGCUUUUACCUUCAACUUCCAAAUCCCUCCUGACACACCGGUAGAAAGCAUGGACACAGCGGAAACCCCAGACACAUCGUCACUAGGUAGCCAACAGGAAAAGCCCUCCUUACUGCAGGAGGUUAGCUCUCCAUCUGAAUCAUCGGUGCAGUCAAAAAACAAAAAGAAGAAGAAGAAAUCUGGAAAGAAAAAGUCCUCAGAUAGCACCGAAACACAGCAGAUGCAAGCUUCAGCAGAAGGGAGUCAAGGAGCUGAGGGCACAGAGCUGAGUGCAGAGGAGCAGCUGAACAGGCAGCUGGAUUGGUGCAUCGAGCAGCUGGAGCUGGCAAUGAAGUCCCAGAAGGGAACAUCAAAACAGAAGGAAGAAGCCUCUCAUGCUUUGAAGACUCUGCGAAGUUCCAAAGCUCCUCUGGCUAAAAAGAGGCAGGUGAUGAGAGCCAUGACUGGUGAUUAUAGGAAGAAAAUGGAGGAAGAGAAAAAAAUACAGUACAGACUUAUUCAGAACGAAAUUGCUUCAGCUCAGGUCAAACUUGUGUCAGAUUCUCCAAAGAAGAGUGUUUUCCAUCGGAAAGCUGAAGUUAAAACCCAGGAAACAGAGCUGAAAGAACAGACUCAAGAGCAGACGGCAUCAGCCUUCGUCUUUACCCCAUCAAAAGAAGAGUUCCGCUUUAAUUUCUUUUGAUUUUGACCUUUGAGAUACAUUUCACUGAACAAUAUGAUGGACAUUGUUGUGAAAAAUAAAAAAACUAACAGAAGAGGUAAGAUGACUGCAUUUAAGAUGAAUGGGGAAAAAAAAUCUUCACAACACUUGAAUAUUCUGUAAAUGAUUGUCGCCUAAACUGUUUAUCUGAAUAAAACCUUUUCUUUUGUA